AUGCGCCCAUCUGCUCUGAGGUUGGCCGUGGCCGCCACGCGCGGCGGUCUCAGACCCAACUCGGUUGCUCUUCUGCCGCCUGUCCACCUGUACCGUCGCCUCCUUCGCGCCCACCGCAAGCAUCUCCCUACCGAUAUGAGGCUUCUCGGCGACGAGUACAUCAAGGCCGAGUUUAGGGCUCAUAGGAAAGUCGACAACCCGGCCCAUCUGAUAGGAUUUCUGACCGAGUGGCAACUCUACGCCCAGAAGAUUGAGGGUGACUCCUGGGUCGGCGAGAAGCUCGACGAGGGGAAACUCCAGAAAAUGAGCGAUGAGCAAAUAGCCCAAUUGUACGAGUUGAUGCAGGCAAUUCAAAAGAGAAACAUGGGCGAGUAG